CAGAAACACACAGAGCGGAGCUGAACGCGGACUUUUUUACACGUGUCGACGAUCCCUCAGCCCAGGGUGACAAACCUGUGGACAUGAAGAAGCAGAGGUCGUAGACGAGUUGUGGCUUCGGCGCACAAAGACGCAGAUCCGGCAGGUUCGUCUUGGUGGAUCCGGUGUGAAAACAGAAACAUGAAGUCCAGGAGUCAGGAUCAGAGUUUGUCAGACUCCAGAGAGCUUGACAGAUCUUACGACCCACUAACAGGUAAUCCGCCAUCCAAACCUCACAAAAAAAGUAUAAAGCAGCGCUUCCUUAAACUCAUCCCGUGCUAUCGCUCCAGCUCCAGCUCUUCAGUUAAUCAAACAAGUUUAGGAGAUGAUGGAGAUCAGGCCACAGUGAGUUACAGGCCAGAGGGGAUCGAUCGCCUCGUACAGCAGACCAGCUUCAGCAGGAAGGAGCUGCAGGUCCUCUACCGCGGAUUCAAAAACGAGUGUCCCAGUGGUGUGGUGAAUGAAGAGACUUUUAAAAACAUCUACUCCCAGUUCUUCCCUCAGGGAGAUUCAAGUAUGUACGCACAUUUCCUGUUUGAGGCUUUUGACACUCAGAAUAAUGGAUCGGUCAGCUUUGAGGAUUUUGUUUUAAGUCUGUCCAUCAUACUGAGAGGCUCCAUCACUGACAAACUGAACUGGGCCUUCAAUCUGUACGAUCUGAACAAAGAUGGCUGCAUCACCAGAGAGGAGAUGACAGAUAUCAUGAACUCCAUCUACGACAUGAUGGGGAAGUAUACCUAUCCCAACAUGAAGGACAGUGCUCCAAAGGAUCAUGUUGACAACUUUUUCCAGAAAAUGGACAAGAACAAGGAUGGGGUGGUCACCAUUGAAGAGUUCUUGGAGACAUGCCAAAAGGAUGAAAACAUCAUGCAGUCCAUGCACAUGUUUGACAAUGUGAUCUAAGGCUGUGAUGGACACACCAACAUGAGAUUUUCCCUCCUGUCUGGAGCAUAUCAGCAGUUUUCAGCCCCAAAACAAUGUGGACACUGUUGUUUUCAGGAUGCAAAAGCUUAACAGAUAUCCACCCAUAAACCACCCACUUCUUUGCUUUUUAAUGAAGCUGUGUAGUCAGGGAGUGUGAAAGUUGAAAUGAUCUUUGAAGGAAUGUUUGACUGUGCCAUGCAGACUUGUGUAAAGAAGCAUAUUCAAUGCUGCAGAGGGCAGCUCUUUAACUUUGUUAAUAAUUGAGGCUCAAAAAGAGGGAUGUCAUGGUGGUGCUCUUCACUCUUCUCAGUAUUGACUAUAUUUAGAUGAACACAACAUAAUUGUGUGCUGAUGAAAGGAUUAGAACUCAGUAAAGAGACCCCUAAUCUUAACUAUUCCCCUUAGUCCCACUGGUAACAUAAGCUGCAUAACCUACCACAUGACCCUUUUGCCAUAACAUUGCUACACUCAACAAACCCAGGCUCUGUACAUGCAAGCUCCAGACAGUGACAAUACCAAUGCACCCCCCCCCACCCCCACCCCCAAACCAUAUAGACCUUCAACCCAACUAUGUAAACCAAUGGGCAGCAGGAGUCAGGACAUCACUGGGGUUAUCAAACUGGAUCCUCCCUGCAUAGGUGUUUCAUCCAACUGGUCCCACAACACCUCAUGGAGGCUGGACAACUGGCCACAUCUCCCCAUGCUGACUCCCACUGCCCACCACACCAACACAAAGCCCUCCUUUAUCUCCCCUCCCUACCACACGGACAUCAGAGCUCUAACAGCAUCAUCACCUUCAGCAGACCCAGGCUCUGUACAUACAAGCUCAAAGUAGUGACAAUGCUGGUCUCCUUAUAACAACCAGCAACUAAAAACAACUACUUCUGCUACCAACAUUACAAAUGUAAACUCACCCCUACCUGGCCGCGCUGGUGUGCAGUGCAUGAGUGGAUGAGCAGACACAUGAAAGAAACGGUAUAAUACUGCUAUGUCACACUUUCUGUACUCUCAGUUAUUUAAUGAAGGGCGACUAAUGCAAGGAUCGAGCAAUAAUUUUAAAGAAACACAAUAAACUCCUCUCUGUCCUCCUACAUUUAUUAUACCACUGUGUAUGAUGUGUCUGCAUGAUGUGUUUGUUUCAACUGACCAUAAAGAUGUGAAAUA